CUCGAUCUCAAUGCCGCAUAUGCUAUGUCACCAUGGCUUUAGUGGCCGGUGGAAAUGAUACAAUAGAGUUAACCUAUGGUCCUUGAAUGACGGACCGGAGAUGCGGGCAGCAACUAUUUGUUAUGUCGUCCGGAAAAGCUGGUUCUGGGCCCUUCUCGGUAACGGGAUGCAAUCUACCAGUGCCUUAACCUCUCUGCACGAUAUUAUCACAACUCUGCUAUGGACGCGGCAACUCUGCAAAAGGGAUCAAAAUCGGAAUUUUUGGCCGCUCUGGAGCCCGUAUACACCGCUCGACAUGAAGCCGUGGUUAUGCUACCUGCUCUUUGAGCAACUUUUUGGCGCUACACGCGCUGCCUACCGGCAUUUCGACGGAAGUGGGAACAAUGCGGCUAAUCCCGCUUGGGGCUCGUACGGGACGCCAUUUGGCCGGAUCGAAGUUCGGGGAUCACGUUAUGUCGACGGCAUUGGCGCGCCGAUAGGGACGGGGAACUCCACCUACCCAAGUGCACGACAUGUGUCGAAUACAGUGAUGGGAAGUGCAGGGGACGAUGUGCCGAACGUGGAGAAGGUGUCGAAUAUGCUGGCUUUCUGGGGACAAUUUAUGGCUCAUGACAUCAUCCAUGUUGAAAAUAAUGCCUCCGAGUCCUUCAACAUCGGCGUACCAUCUGGCGAUCCAGUCUACGACCCAGGGAGCACGGGAACAGCAACUAUGAAGUUCACCCGCAUCAACUACACCCCCGAUCCGACGACGCACGAGCGUGUGUUCCACAACAAGCAAUCGGCAUGGGUGGACGGGUCACAGGUUUACGGUGCAGAUGACGAGCGUGCUGCGAUGCUACGGACGUUCUCCAACGGGCUGUUCAGAACGUACAAGGGAAAUCUUCUACCUUUUCGGCCAGAAAGUACGCCGGAUAUCAUGUUGGGAUUGAAACCCCGAACCUUCCUGGCUGGGGAUGUCCGUGCGAAUGAGAAUCCAGCGCUGCUCUCAAUCCAAACGUUAUUCAUGCGAGAGCACAACCGUCGUGCUGCUCAGUAUCUGAAACUAUAUCCAAAUGCCACAGAUGAGGCUCUCUUUCAGAUGGCCAGAACGUGGGUCGUCGCUUGCAUUCAAAAAGUCACGUACUCCGAGUAUCUUCCUCGAUUGCUGGGCCAGCCACUUCCAGCAUAUAAGGGUUACAACGCAUCGAUAGAUCCCGCUAUUGACAUGCUUUUCUGGGGAGCAUCCUUCCGCUACGGCCACAGCGCAAUCAGCCCCAUCAUACCACGUCUUGACGAGAAAUGGGCGCCAUUCCCAAAGGGGCAUCUAAUUCUCCGCGACGCGAUCACGAACCCUGCCGCCGUCGUGACUGAUGGUAUCGAGCCGAUUCUUCGAGGCUUGGUGGCACAGCUGGAACAAGCCGCAGACGUAGUUCUUGUCGAUGACCUCCGUCAAUUCAUGCCGGCAGCUCCAUUCGGGCUGAAGCCGCAGCUUUUCUUCGAUCUGGCGGCUUUCAACAUCCAGAGGGGCCGAGAUAUCGGUCUCCCCAGCUAUAACGAAUGCAGGAAGAGUUUCGGCCUCACGAAAGUUUAUGCAUUCGCCGACAUCACCGCCGACGAGGUUCUACAGAAAGCUCUCUAUGAUGCGUAUGAAGGGAAUAUCGACAACAUAGAGCCGUAUGUGGGCGGAUUAGCCGAGGAUGCUGAAUCUGGGCUAGUGGGGCCGUUGUUCAAGGCGUCGAUCAUGACUCAGUUUAUGAGGUUACGGGACGGUGAUGCGUUCUGGUAUCAACUCCCCGAUGUGCUCAACGCCCAAGACACCAAGGAUUUAAACAAUGUGACCUUGUCAAACAUAAUCCUGUGGAAUACGGAUAUCGCCGCCUUUCCAGAAAGCGCGUUUAGCUGGGCGGACGCAACCACAAUUGAUGCUCUUCGCGGAGUGACCACGAGCAGCACAUCAACUGGCACGACCCAGGGCUCCGCGAAACAAACCGUUCAAUUGACGACAGGGCUGAUCUUGCAAUACUACAUCGAUGUCACUGCGAAAACGGUGGAUUUUGUUAUUGCCUCGAAUUACAGCGGGUGGUAAGAAACUGAAGGGCUUCCAUGUACUUUGGGUGAGAAAAGGACCGAUCUUUGACGAACGCGGGCGGUAGGUUUGCAUUCGGGAUCGGUGAUACCAUGACGAACGCAGACAUGUAUGCGGUUUAUGAGGACGACGAUGGAACCUGGAGUGUUCACGAUUUGUACUCCACAUCGUAUACACAGCCACCAACGGAUGUCAGCCAAGGCUGCACAAACGACAUCACAAACAUGAAAGAUGUGACAGCAGACUGGUCC